GCUUGAUCGGCGAUCAGUCGUUGCCGCGCGCUCGUCGAGAGCGCAUCUGCUACGUUCGUUCUCUUCUCGUGCAACCCCUUCGCGAUCGAAAAUCAAAGCUUCCCGCAAAAAUUCCGACUAGUUCCAUAAACUACCAUGAGGUCAGUGUGCGUGAAAAAUCGCUCGCCACGCGUGUGAAUUAAUCCGAGGGUGAAGACUCGGUUGGUCCACGGAUCAUGCCAACCUGAUUUCUCCCGGUAUCAGAGUUUUACGAUAUCGAUCGCGAUCGAGUACGACGAUCUUACCGUUCGUACAAGUGAAAUAUUAUCCUCGAUCAGGAGAACGCAUCCUGGCGCGUUGUUCUCGCCGUACGGUGGAAUCGUUCACGAUUGUGCCGCGAUCAUGCACCACACGGCACCCUGGUACCUACCCUGGGGCCUGAAGCUGGUGCCUUUGCCCAUUCCGCCUGGACACCCGGCUUCUGGCAUCCCCAAUCCUGGACUACACUUGCUGGCUCCGCUGCCCGGCAUCUAUGCCCCUGAACCGAGAAAGGUUGAUAUGAAGCCUCUACGGGAGGCGGCGAUCGCUGUUCCGACGACGAAGAUCUCGGAGAAGCGGAAAGCCGAUGAAGCCGACGCGAGUAUGGACUUGAAGAAGGCGAAAUUGGAAACGAAAGCCCUAAAAGCGAAGAGGCCAGGAUUCACGGACGAGCGGUACAACGAAACCAGCUACUACGUGGAGAACGGGCUCCGAAAAGUGUACCCUUACUAUUUCACCUUCACCACGUUCACGAAGGGCAGAUGGGUGGGCGAGAAGAUCCUCGAGGUGUUCGCUAGAGAGUUUCGGGCACAUCCGGCGGAAGAAUACGAGAGAUGCAUUCGUGCCGGGACGUUGACGGUGAAUUAUCAAAAGGUGGACGUCGAUUAUCGAUUACGACACAACGAUUUACUAGCAAACGUUGUACACAGACACGAGGUGCCUGUCACCUCGGAGCCGAUCACGGUGAUACACAUGGACGAGGACGUCGUCGUGGUCAACAAGCCCGCCUCCAUCCCUGUGCACCCAUGUGGUCGGUACCGACACAACACCGUUGUCUUCAUCCUUGCGAAGGAGUAUAACCUGAAAAAUCUCAGGACGAUCCACAGGUUGGAUAGACUGACCAGCGGUAUUCUCCUUUUCGGUCGAACACCGAAGAAGGCGAGGCAGAUGGAGCACCAAAUAAGAAACAGACAGGUCCACAAGCAGUACGUGUGCCGAGUAGAGGGUGAGUUUCCUGAAGAGGAGGUGGUUUGUUCAGAGCCAAUCGAGGUGGUGUCCUACAAGAUCGGCGUCUGCAAAGUGUCCGAGAAGGGCAAGGACUGUGUGACCCGUUUCAAGCGUCUGAGCUACAACGGCAAAUCGUCGGUGGUCCUCUGCAAGCCUCAGACAGGUCGAAUGCACCAAAUCCGGGUACAUCUUCAGUACCUGGGGUACCCGGUGGUGAACGACCCUUUGUACAACCACGUGGUGUUUGGUCCACAGAAAGGGAAGGGUGGGAACAUCGGGAAGACCGACCAGGAGUUGGUCAGAGACCUGAUCAGCAUUCACAACGCGGAGAACUGGCUGGGGAUGGACGGCGACUCGGAGAUGAGUCUGUUCAAGCCGAAAUUGGACAUGGAAGAGCGUGUUCUGAGCAACGACAAGGAGGGCUCUUCGCCCUCUUCGACGCCCAGCCUCGGCGAAGAGGAACAGCAACAACAGCAGGAGCAAUCGUUGAAGGUGACAGUGGGCACUCAGACGGGAUCGGAGCCACCGGACUCCAGCUUCGCGAACGAUAAGCUGACCGUCGACCCGCACUGUUACGAGUGCAAAGUGAAGUACAGAGACCCGAAACCAUCCGAUCUGGUUAUGUAUCUGCACGCGUGGCGCUACUGCGGCCCAGGGUGGGAGUACGAGACCCCGCUCCCGGCGUGGGCGGCCAGCGACUGGAAAGAGGAGGACCGAUAGUUCCGAUGGUUCAGGAACCACUCGGACGAGAUGUCAUCACCCCUUUUUUGAUAUCCUUACCCCGUGCCUUCCAUCCGCCAGCGAGCGAUCUCGACCAUCGUACAUGUACCCAACCCUCUGACCAGGUCGCUGGACUCGCGAGCACGAGAGACCUCCAUGUUGGUCCUACGAGAAGGUGUCACGCCCGUCUGUGCUCAUUCGAGGAUCAUGUAUUCGAAAAGACCUUGGUAAUGAAGAUACGUUGAGACCGGAAAAAUAACAGCAGUCAUUUGGAAGAAAUCUUCCAGUUACAAUGGAAUAGACGUAGCUCUGGUGGGUUUUCCAGAAUGUGUAGCGUUAGCAUUUAAGGACGAAUGCCUUUACAAAGUACUGCGAGCGGUUCUUAGCGUUUUCCGGAUGUUCCAAAUCCGUUUGGAUGAACCGUAACUUUGAGAAUUCGUGAUUCUAUCACGGUAGCGGCGAAUCCAUCAAGUUUCUCGCGUUUGAACGUUACUGAUAGAUGGAGAUUCUGCCUGUCUCACGGCAGAGUGAAUCUACGUACUGCAUGCAGGUGAAUCGCGUAAAAAUAUUGAACGGUCUACCUGGCACGGGACGAUGCAACGAUCCUGACUGGUUCUAUACACGGGUCGACCGAAAAGUCACUGCCACGGAUGUGCACGGGAGAAGAUUGAUGCAACUGUCAGCCACGGGAACCUGGAUGGAUCGUUAUCGUUCGUGUACUUGAUUUAUGAUGUAGAUAGGAGCGAAAAACGACGAUCUACUAUGAGGCCUCGUGACAGCUACGGAAUUUUUUGCCUAUAAUUUUGACAGAAAACGCGCUCCGAGUCAUUAGCUAUGCCGUUUCCAUCAAAUUCUCUCAGUUGGUAGAAUACAAAAGCUCUGUUCUUCCAGAGACAUGAUUGAUCGGCGGUAACUUCGUCUCCAAUUUUCUGAACUUCGAACGUUAACCAUUUGCUUUUUUGCCAUCGCUAUCAAUUAUGUAAAGCUCUACCAUUUGAGCAUCAACCAAUUGAGUAUUACGUUUCUGGUAAUCCAUUCCUUCAGCAAUCUUUAAAUUAUAUUAAGUUACACAUUCUAUCUGCAUAGUCAUUUAUAAAAAACAUCUACAUUCUGAUCAACGACUUGUGGAUUAGCACAGAGAACUUUGAAUAAAUAUUCCAAUCGAGUUUAUCUGAGAAACCAACGUCAUCAAUAUCGGACCAUCGUGUAGAUUACAAUAUAUUCAUCGAAUACAUGUCCUUUCACAACGCGUAUAAAAUGCUUCGAUGACUGGUGUUGAAUGCUCAUCCUCGAUAGCGGCGCAGGCAAAGGGCUGACGUAGAAAACUGCAAUAGAAAUGCGUCUAUUUUUAUGGUUGAUUAUAUAUACGGGAACUAAAUAAUGGCGCAGGUCCAGCGGCAGGGGUCUCCAACAAUAAGCGUGAUCUUGCCACAAGAAUAUAGCCAACGAUCAUGCCAAAGAGCGAGCGCGUGUCUAGCGAGAGAGAGAAUGAGCGUGAGAGAGGGAGGGAGAGAAAGAGAGUGAGAGAAAGAGCUUCUUCCAAGUCAUAUCGUGUACGUGUACCUUGUUCCCACGCGAGUCGAAAGACCGCGUCCAAGUGGCAGGACUUGCAACAAGUACAAUCGAGCGAGUGAAAUAACGAGAUUAACGUCGUACAUUAUUUUGCUACGAGUCACGUUCGUCUCCUCUAGCGGGGCUAUAUAUAGGGUUUUAUUGUAUGUUGGGAUAUCUGUGAGUGGCAGUGGGAAUUCAAUUAUAUCCAUAAUUACCGACAAAUUUUGUUCUGUUUCAUAAUUGUUCAGAUAAAUGUUCGAUCCCCUGGAGGGAGUACCUGGAACUUCUGUUUGCCUUCAGUAGUCUUCUAGUUGCGUACUGAAUUUGGCAACAAAUCAUGAACUUUUCGGUAUUUAAAUUAAUUUAAAAACCCUCCACAACCACUUACAAAUGGAAACAGUUGUAUCUGAUAUACAAAAGGGAACAAUAAUCUCCUUUUCUACGCAGAGGCUUUGUAAUAAAUCUACAAAAUAAACUGUUAAAAAGGAGACAAAUAUAAGAAUGUAACUUUUAGAGUUCCCACAGCUUCUCGCGGUUCUCGAGAGCAAGGAGCAAACAGAGAGAACAGUGGACAGAGAUUUUAGAUAGAUAUACGUAGGAGGGAGAUAACGUAACAACGGACCUAUCAUAAAAGACAGUGUGUGCGCUUACUAACUCACCCGGGAUAGCUUGCCCGAAGCGAAAGUAAGCUAUCCCGACUUGUAAUGGCUAGCUUAAUUUUAUUUAAGUAAAACUAACUCUCGAUGAUAUCGAAAAGAGGAAAAUGACAAAAAAAUGAGAUGUAAACGAGGAAGGAAAUUAAAAAGACAGUCCCGAUUUUAGCGGCACAGAGAGAAAGAAAGACAUCGGUUUGUAAAUCGAGCGAGCGCUUUUUGUAUGUACAUAUAUAUAUUGUAUAUUGUAUACGCACAUUGUACCGUAAUCCGAGCGACAUUAUUAUCAUUGUACCGUAGUCAGCGGAACGUUAGAGCUAGAGAAUUUUUUCUUGUAUAAUGAACGAAUAAAUGCAAAGUAUCGUUCGAUAUAAAAGACCGUGCCAACA